AGAGUUCUUGGGAACAUUUCCUCACUUGAAAGAGCUGAACCUGGCAUACAACAAUUUCACUGGACCCUUACCGGCAUCAUUGGCAAGCAAUAGAAAAAUAAAGCUAACUAUAACAGGAAACAACAUCCAUGAAGACAACCCAAGUCCGCCAUCGACAGAUGCUGGAAGAAAUAUAAAGCGGGUCAUUGUUGGAGUAUCAGUUGGCUUGCUUGUCUUACUUCUGAUGCUAGUUGGUUGUGUCGUCUAUGCAUUCUUCCGAAUUCAACGUCCCAAGCCAUCACCAGCUAAUGUUGUGAUCAAGAAUAAUGUUGAGAAUCCUGUGGAGCAACAAUUUGGUUUUAUUCAGCUAAUGCCUAACCAUGCAUUCACCUAUGAAGAGAUUUUGAAGAUCACACAUAACUUUGAAACCCAUAUUGGUGAGGGAGGAUCAGGUUCAGUUUACUAUGGCCUCCUUAAUAAUGGCAAUGAAGUUGCAGUCAAAGUAUUGAAAGAUUGGCGCCAAAGAGGAUCUAAAGAAUUUGUUGCAGAGGUCAAGUUGUUAGUGACAGUGCAUCACAAAAACCUCGUCUCAUUUGUUGGAUAUUGCGAUGAAGGCAUGAAUAUGAUCGUGCUCUAUGAGUAUAUGCAUAAUGGAAGUUUGAGAGACCUCUUAUCAGGCAAGAAAGCCACAACCGAACCCUUAACAUGGAAGAGACGGCUGCAAAUUGCUUUGGAUGUUGCAGCAGGUUUGGAGUAUUUACACUCAGGUUGCAAACCAGCUAUCAUUCAUAGAGAUGUAAAGACCACAAACAUCCUUCUCAACGAACAACUUGAAGCCAAGCUGGCAGAUUUUGGGAUUUCUAGGGUUGAUGGCAAGACUCAAACAUCAACAGUGAUUGCUGGCACCCCUGGAUAUAUUGAUCCUGAGUAUUCUGAAACAAGCAUUCUCACCAAAAAGAGUGAUGUUUAUAGCUUCGGUGUAGUGCUUUUUGAGCUUAUAUGCGGCCAUCCAGUUAGAUUCGGCACCCCUGAGCAGUACUUUUAUAUUGUUCAAUGGGCAACAUUAAAUAUUAUGAGUGGUGAAAUAGAUAGCAUUAUUGACCCAAGGAUUAAAGGGGCACACCAAAUGAAUUCUGUGUGGAAGGUUGCAGAGGUAGCAAUUGCAUGUACUGCACGGAGUUCUGCAGAGAGGCCACACAUGUAUAAUAUUCUAAAUGAUUUGAAACAGGCGAUGGAGAUAGAGAUGGACGCUGAUUCUCAAGAGCUAGAAGUUUCUGCUAUAGAGGUUGUGACUACUUCAGAGUCUUCAACUGAAGCAUCUCGCCUUGUGUCCGAUUCACCCAGGACACCCAUUAGAAGGUCAGAAGCUUAAAUUCACAUCAGCAUCAUAGCUGACAAAUCAAGCUUCAAUGACACAUUAGCUGAUCUUUUGCUGCUUCACAUUCGAAUCACUUAAAACAGUUAUGGAUAGUGAUGAUGAAUAAGCAUUACAUGACUGGUUUUAUAUUUGAACUUUCA